GCCGCCUGCCUGCGAGGUUCGCCUCGCUCCCGGCCGCGCGGCGGGCAGGGGUCCUGCUCCCCGAGCUCCUCGCCGCCCCUCCCCGGGGCCCGGGCCGAGCGCAGCGGCUUGUGCGCGGCGGCCGCCGCUCUUGCCCCCCUUCUCCCCUCCCCACGCGCUGGCCCGCGGCCCCUCCUCCGCGCACUCCGCCGCCGCCUCUCGCCCGAGAGCAGCUCCGCACCUUCGGCGAGGAGUUUGCAGCCGCCCCAGCCCAGACCCCGCGGCCGGCUGACCGCGAGCGACGCAGGUGCCCGAGCCCCAGCACCGCCGCCACCUCUGCCUUCCGCCUGGGCUGGACCUCGGCAUCGAGGUCUUCUUACUACUUUGGAAACUGAAGGGACUGCGACAUCAACCAGUAAGCCUUGGGGCCCGGAGGAAGGAUUUGUUGUUGGUUUGGACAAGAGAAAACUUGUCCACCCUCUCCUGCUCCCCCCAAGCAAAUUUAAAAAAUAAAGCAGACCAACAAAACCGAAUCCCAACCAAAGCACUUAUUUAAAGGGAUUUGUAGAGGUGAGAAAAAGACUCAACUGAGGAAUCACUUUGGAACCCCUAGAAGCAAAAGCCACUGGUAUGCCUAACUUCAAGGAGGUGGAAAAGGGUUAAUCCUUUCUGUGCUGAAAGGAAAAUAAAUCUGGAAAUACUGGUGGAUUUUUCUGAAGUAAGAUGAUUUGUCAAAAAUUCUGUAUAGCUUUGUUACAUUGGGAAUUUAUUUAUGUGAUAACUGCAUUUAAGUUGGCAUAUCCAGUUACUCCCUGGAGAUUUAAGUUGUCUUGCAUGCCACCAAAUACAACCUAUGAUUUCCUGCUGCCUGCUGGAAUCUCAAAGAACACUUCCCACCCGAAUGGAUAUUAUGAGGCAGUUGUUGAAGCUAAAUUUAAUUCAAGUGACACCUACUUUUCUAACUUACAAUCUAAAACAACUUUCUACUGUUGCUUUUGGAGUGAGGAAGAUCAAAACUGCUCUGUACAUGCAGACAACAUUGAAGGGAAGGCAUUUGUUUCAACAGUAAGUUCUUUAGUUUUUCAACAAAUAGGUGCAAACUGGAACAUACAGUGCUGGAUGAAAGAGGACUUGAAAUUAUUCAUCUGUUAUGUGGAGUCAUUAUUUAAGAAUCCUUCCAAGAAUGAUGACCUUAAGGUCCAUCUUUUAUAUGUUCUACCUGAUGUGCUGGAAGAGUCGCCUUUGGUCUCCCGGGAAGGCCGUUUCCAUGUUGCUCAGUGCAGCUGCAGUGCUCGUGAAUGUUGUGAAUGCCAGGUGCCUGUGCCAACAGCCAAGCUCAGCUGUACGCUCUUUAUGUAUUUGAAAAUCACAUCUGGUGGAAUAAAUUUUCAGUCACCUCUGAUGUCGGUUCAGCCCAUAACUGUUGUGAAGCCUGAUCCACCAUUAGGCUUGCAUAUGGAAAUCACAGACACUGGUAAUCUAAAGAUUUCUUGGUCCAGCCCAACAUUGGUACCAUUUCAACUUCAAUAUCAAGUGAAAUAUUCAGAAAAUUCUACAGUUAAUACGAGAAAGACUGAUGAGAUUGUCUCAGCUACAUCUCUGCUAGUAGACCGGGUGCUUCCUGGGUCUUCAUAUGAGGUUCAGGUGAGAGGCAAGAGACUAGAUGGCCCAGGGAUCUGGAGCGACUGGAGCAGCCCCCUUAUCUUUACCACACAAGAUGUCAUAUACUUUCCACCUAAAAUUCUGACAAGUGUUGGGUCUAACGUUUCUUUUCAUUGCAUCUAUAAAAAUGAAAACAAGAUUGUCUCCUCAAAAAAGAUUGUUUGGUGGAUGAAUUUAGCUGAGAAAAUUCCUCAAAGCCAGUAUAAUGCUGUGGGUGAUCAUGUUAGCAAAGUUACUUUUCCCAAUUUGAAUGCAACCAAGCCUCGAGGGAAGUUCACCUAUGAUGCAGUGUACUGCUGCAAUGAGCAUGAAUGCCAUCAUCGCUAUGCUGAAUUAUAUGUGAUUGAUGUCAAUAUCAAUAUAUCAUGUGAAACUGAUGGGUACUUAACUAAAAUGACUUGCAGAUGGGCAACUAAUGCAAUCCAAGCACUUGUGGGAAGUUCUCUGCAGUUGAGGUAUCAUAGGAGCAGCCUUUACUGUUCUGAUGUUCCAGCUGUUCAUCCCAUAUCUGAACCUAAAGAUUGCCACUUGCAGAGAGAUGGUUCUUAUGAAUGCAUAUUUCAGCCAAUCUUUCUAUUAUCCGGCUAUACAAUGUGGAUUAGAAUCAAUCACUCUUUGGGUUCACUUGACUCUCCACCAACAUGUGUCGUCCCUGAUUCCGUGGUGAAACCACUGCCUCCAUCCAGUGUGAAAGCAGAAAUUACUGUAAACAUUGGAUUAUUGAAGAUAUCUUGGGAAAAACCUGUCUUCCCAGAGAAUAAUCUUCAGUUCCAGAUUCGCUAUGGUUUAAGUGGAAAAGAAGUACAAUGGAAGAUGUAUGAGGUGUAUGAUUCAAAAUCAAAAUCUACCAGUCUGCCUGUGCCAGACCUAUGUGCUGUCUAUGCCGUUCAGGUGCGCUGCAAGAGGCUAGAUGGGAUGGGAUACUGGAGUAAUUGGAGUACUCCAGCCUACACAGUUGUCCUGGAUAUUAAAGUUCCUGUCAGAGGACCUGAAUUUUGGAGAAUAAUUAAUGAAGACAUCAUGAAAAAAGAGAGAAAUGUCACUUUACUUUGGAAGCCUCUGAUGAAAAAUGACUCAUUGUGCAGUGUGAGAAAAUAUGUGGUAAAACACCAUACUUCCCACAAUGGAACAUGGUCAGAAGAUGUGGGAAAUCGCACUAGAUUCACUUUCCUAUGGACAGAGCAAGCCCAUUCUGUUACAGUCCUGGCUGUCAAUUCAGUUGGUACUUCUCAUGCAAAUUUUAAUCUGACGUUCUCAUGGCCUGUGAGCAAAGUAAAUAUCGUGCAGUCACUCAGUACUUAUCCUUUAAACAGCAGUUGUGUGAUUCUUUCCUGGAUACUAUCACCCAGUGAUUACAAUCUGAUGUAUUUUAUAAUUGAGUGGAAAAUUCUUAAUGAGGACAAUGAAAUUAAAUGGCUUAGAAUCCCUUCAUCUGUUAAGAAGUAUUAUAUCCAUGAUCAUUUCAUCCCCAUUGAGAAGUAUCAGUUCAGUCUUUAUCCAAUAUUUACGGAAGGAGUGGGGAAACCGAAGAUAAUUAAUAGUCUUACCCCAGAUGAUAUUGAAAAACACCAGAAUGAUGCAGGUCUAUAUGUAAUUGUGCCAAUAAUUAUUUCUUCUUCAAUCUUAUUGCUUGGAACGUUGUUAAUAUCACACCAAAGAAUGAAAAAGCUGUUUUGGGAAGAUGUUCCAAACCCCAAGAAUUGUUCCUGGGCCCAAGGACUUAAUUUUCAGAAGGUCUCCUUUUCAAUUUUUUUUAGCCUGAAAUAUAUGAGAUUGCAUUUUAGAUGCUUUAUGCCUUCUAGAACUUCAAAGAGAAUGGACAUUCUUUGAAGUCUAAUCAUGACCACUGCAGAUGAGCCCAGUGUACCAACUCCCAAACAUUCUAUAGAGUAUUAGAAGAUUUCACAUUUUGAAGAAGGGGAGAAAAUCUAAAAGAAAUUUUGGUUGAACUAUUGAGAACUAAACUAUGGUGGAUCAUAAAUAAAGAAUUUAAAAUAGAUGAGUAAAUUUGGCGUGAGGAUACAGGUCUGAGUGCAAUUCAGUUUGGAUGUAAGAUUAUAUUUCAGGUCAUUCAAAGUUUAAAAAGUGAUAUUCAUGAUAAUCUGGCUUUUGCCUUAUCAUUUGUCUGGGCAUGGAACAUUAAAAAUUAUGACUGUUGCCCUUACCGGUUAUCUAUUAGAUAUCAUCAAAUACAUGGUAGACAAUGUAAACUAGGUAAAAAAUGCAACUUCUGACACUUAGCUUUGAAAAUACAGUGACUUUAAUUACAGAAUUCAGCAAAAGCAUGAGUUUAUAUUUUUAUGUCCAAAACUUUCAAUUUUAUAUAUUUUUAUAGACACUUCAGCCUAUGAACUGAUUCAUUUGGGUGUUCUUUUGAAUGUCUCAUAGCUUUUAUGUAGAUCUAACUGUGGUCAAUCUGGGAACUGCCAUUUUCAGUAGCCUUGAAAAUGGCUUAGGUCCUAACUUCCAUUUCAGUUCGAAGAAAGCUAGAAGUCACAGUCUGUGCUGGUCACAGGCCAUUAAAGUUACAAUUCAUAUCAGGAUGACCUGACAUAUCCAGGUCACACUGACCGGAUCAGAAAAUACAAUAGCCUCCUUGUGAAAUUCUUGCUUAAAGUUAAUUUAUUUACAUGGAACCACCCAGGUUCUGGCAGGCAGGGAAGUGGGCAGUGAUGCAAAAAGGAAGACUCUUUGGAGCUCUAAAAAUAGUUCAUGGUGCGAAUAGGACUUUUCUCCCUAGAAGAAGACCUCCUGCUCUGUCUAUGAAUUUAGCAUACUAGGUGUACUAUGUUGCUCACAUUCAAAAUAAACCAAAGCCUUUGUUUGAUGAGCCCAAAUAAUAGUCAAAUGUAGGCUUUAUGUGGAUCACCUACAUUUGGGUUUCAUUCAUAGUUUUAUUUGAAUGUAAAAAAAACCCACUAAAAAUCAGAAAAAAUGUGUCAUUUUCUCCCUGUUUUUGCUUUUAAUAGAUGUCAUUAGAAUAUAAAAUCUAAGUGUGAAAUUAUGAAAAGAUAUUCUUUAAUUCCUUCUAGCUAAAUACAUAUUUAAUAUAUUCCCAGGCUGUUCUAAAGUCUCAAAAAAGUAGAUGCAUAUAUGAUUGAAAUUAUUUUUUUAAUGAACAUACUUUUAAUAGAGGUUUGUUGACCCAUUGAUAAAAUAUACUUCAAUAAUUUAUGAGUAUGUAAUUUCUCAUUAUCAGUAAAAUGUUCUAUUUGAAUGAAUCUGAAGACUUGUAAAUUAUUUGGUAUCAAUAAUUGGUUGCCAAUUAUGAAGUUUUAGAGGGCAUGAAGUAUGUCAAAUAUGUCAUUUGAAGAACAUAUGUGAGUUGGCAUGCUGUGGGGUGUUUGUAUUUUUUGUUUUUAUAUUGAUACACAUAAUCCCUUUAUUUGGUAAUUUUAAUUUCUAAGUUUAAUUUUAAGAAAUUCAAUACAUUUUUAGUACUAUUAAGAAAAACAAUGAACAAACAAGUAUUUGAAAGAAAUCAUAAAUCUAAUUACAGAUUUUAUCAGAAAGAAAGUAGGCAAAGGAACAGUUUUCUUUUCAUAUAUUAUGUUCAUAGAAUAACAGAAAACGUUACGUUAAGAUGGUAUUUGUCUUUAUGCAGUAUUUUAGUAUCUAUAUAAGUCUUUAUUAUUAUAUUCAGUGUUUGGUGUAGUAUUCUUUUAUGACUAUAAUCACCAAUAUAUUUCAUUUAAGAAUUCAAAACUGUGCCAAAUGAACUGUGUUUUUGUAUGGAAUAUAUUUGCCAUGAAGAAGAGUAGUUGGGUAUAUUGUUAUUUCAGGCAAUAAAUAUGAAUUCAUUCUAUUAGUUUAAAAAUUUUUAAUUUCAAAAGUUCAAUGAUAUGUAUGAUAUACAAAUUGAAUGCAUUUCCUUCAGUUGUGUUCAUUUUCAAUGUGAUGUGUCCACAGUAUUCUUUAUUUUGCAUUUAUUUUUCAAUGUGUUUACAUUGUGUAAGUUGAACUUUUUGUACACAGAUUCUUGGCUUGUUGCUUAGCAGGAUUUUUUUGUUGUGAUGUAACCACCAUUCUUAUAAAAAAUUUGAUGUGUA